AUGCCCUUUGUCGGCGAAGACGUCCAUCCAGGGAACAAGCGACGAUGGGACGCCGAUGAUGAACGGGGCAUGUACGCCCUCUACGCCUCCGAAGAGCCCAAGGACUUCUAUGUCCUCAACCAGCGCCCAGAGAUCACCCCGCGCAAGAUCCUGCCCCUAACCACCAAGCGGGCACGCAUCUCCGAGGACGACAUACACAUUCACGACACUCUCCCCAACUCCUCUCCCGUAUCCCACCGCCGACGGCGAUCAUCGCAGCUUAAGGUGCUACAAGUCCAGUCAGCCUCCGCCGGUCGCUUCGCCCCCAGAGUUACCAGCGCGAUCCUGGCUCCAUGCCAUAUCUGCCACCGUCGACCCACCAAGAAAUCAGAUCUCGACUCCUUCGCCCAGUGCCAGGGCUGCAACGAGCGGGCUUGCUUUGUCUGCAUUCGGGAAUGUCAGGGCUGGAACCUGGAUAGCGGUUCUGUGCUGUCGGAACAGGAGAUACUUUCGCGGUCCUUCCAUAUGGAUGACGUCGACGACCAUCAAUCCCCUCAACAAACAGAUAACCAGCGUGCCGGGCACGAGACUAGGAAAGGGUGGGCCGCCGGUGGCCAUCGAGCUGUGGUUUGCAGUCGAUGUUGCAUCGAGCGCGGUGCCGAGGGAGACGUGGCAUGCCUGGGUUGCCUCUCCUGUAUGGAGGGGAAGUAA